AUGAAAAGACAUAGUAUAGGAAAAAAAUUUCGCAAAAUAAAAGCUUUGAAGAAGGCUGAUCCUCAAGCAAUUAUUCCUGAAGCUCCUGAAUAAUUAUAGAAAUAUAUUUAAGAACUUACUUCAAAAGGAUUAAAGAUCAAUAAAGUUUAGUAUGCAAUGUUCUAAACAAAAAAUGGGUUAAGUUAUCCUGGUCUGAUUGGUAUUUACAAAAUUUUAUUAUAGCUACGGAGCCAAUUAUGCCAAAAGAUACUCUGGUUUCUCUCCCAAAAGAAUUAUUAUUAACAACUCUACAUGCAUUUGAAUCUCCUUUAAAACAAAUUUUUGUGGAAUACCCAUAGUUGUUUAGUCCUAAAUUCCUUCCUUAAUGGGAAGAUUAUUAAUUUCUUGCAUAUUUACUCUAUGAAUAUUAGAGAGGUCCUGAGUCAAAAUGGCAUUUACUGAUUUCUAAUUUACCUAGAGAUAUUGAUUACGCAGUAUUUUGGAGACCAGAAGAUUAAGCAUUUUUAGAAGAUAAAUAUUUAGUCAAAUUGGCCAAAAAAUAACAUUAAGAUUUUAUGGUUGCCUUUAAUACUCUCAAAUAUAUUACAGAUAAAUAUAGAAAUCUUUUUAAACCAGGGACAGUAACAUUAGAAAAUGCAAUCUGGCUUUACACACAUAUUGUCUCAAGGUCAUUUGGAGGCUAAGGAUUGAAAUAUGUAACUAUGGUUCCAUUCUGUGAAUUAUUUAAUCAUGAACAAGUUGAUGUCUGUUAUGAUUUAUCGUACAAAGACAGAUCUUCAAAUUAUGAUGAUGUAUUCAUGUCUAAGAAAAUAGUAAAAGGAUAAGAGGAUGUUGAUGUUGAUGAUUUGUCUCUUUCUUCUUCUGAUAAUUCUUAAGGUUCAGAGGAUGAUAUAAGUGAUUCUGAAUUUGUCAUGGGUGAUUAUGAUGAAUAUUAAGAAUUUGAUUUCGAUUCUUAUAAGAAUUCUUCUUUUAGAAAUUUUCAUGAAAAUUUAAGGAGGAUGUCUGAAAUAAAGCCAUUACCUAAUGAAGAACAAGAAGAAUUCUAUUAAAGAGUUUAAAAUCAAUAAUAAUUUUUGAAUAAAUUUAGGAAAGAGUUUAAUAUUAAAUUAAAUAUCUAAAGAGAUGUUUUUCAAUUAGCUAUUGAUUGUAAAUCAUUUUUAUUUAAAAAUAUUGAUUUUGGUGAUAAUUAUUCAAUCUUCUUUUUAGGAUAAGUAUUCUAAGUUUUGGAUGCAACAAUCCAUGAUUUUUUUAAGGAAGAUAAAUCUUCAGCUAUAGCUAGAGAAGAUAUCAAGAAAGUUCAUAUAACUUGCACUGUUUAUAAGGAUUAUUUAUAUGGAUUUUUAAAUAAUGUUAUGAAACAGCCAAUAUAACAAAAAAUCAAUUUGUUUGCUCAAAAAAUUGGUAGAAGACUAACAAGAGGAUUUGAAACUGUUGAAUAAGUAUUAUCUCAACCUGUUGAUCGUAGAUGUGAAUUUUAUAAAUCUGAUUGGGAAAGAGACAAAUUUGUAAAUUUUCACAUGAGAACCAGAGAUCCUUUUGAAAAGGGAUCUUAAGUAUACUUCUGUUAUAGUAGAUUGUCAAAUAGAUAAAUGCUUUUGAAAUAUGGUAUGGCUUUGGAAUACAAUAAAUAUGAUAGCACAUUUUUAAGGGUUGAAUAUUUAAAAUAUCUAAAAAAUAAGGAAGCUAUUUGGAUAGUUCAUAGAUUUAAACUUAAUAAAUUCAAAAGAUUUAAAUUAAAAUUUACUGUUCCCCCUUAUGGCUUAAUAGUAUUUUGUAAAUCAGUAAAUUGGUAAAUUAUAAAUAAUAUCCAUUCUGUAGGACUUUAUAUGAAAAUUCUAUUGAUACUUUAUUUAAAAUAAACGAUUUAAAAUUAGAAAGGAAAGCAUUAUUGCUAGCUCGACAAAUUCUAGUGGAGGAGAACUCUAAAUUUAAAGAUACAAUUGAAGAAUUAGAGAAAUAAUUAUAUGACUAAAGUGUAGGAUAUCAUGAAUAUUUUGCAAUAGUUUAUAGAUUAGAAAGACUUAGAUUAUAUCGUUAUAAUAUUAAGUAAUUUUAUUUAUUAUUGAAGUUUAAUCAAUAUUUGCAUUGUUGUUCUUGAUAAAAUUAUGAAUGGAGUUCCAUUUUUAGAAGCAAUAUAAAAAACAGAAUAUGAUAAUGAAUUUUACGAAACAAAUCGUAAUGUAUUAAAUACGUAUUUUGAAUAAAUGAGAUCAACGAAAUAAUUAUCAAAAUGA